CAGUUAGUGAGUUUGAGGCCUCAAAGGCAUUCACAGUGACAGUGAGACUCUCGUGAUUUUCCCAUCUGUCCGAAAUUCAUCUUCUCUCGCCACUUCUUCGCAAGCCCAUCACGAUGGAUAGAACAUCUUACGCCUACCCGACCAUGGAGAAGGGCCUGCACGACAGGGACAAAGUGGGCCUGCAGGAUCUGGUGCUCCUCGAGGACUACCAGAGCGAGGACGCCUUCCUGGACAACGUGAAGAAGCGCUUCCAAGAGAAUCUUAUUUAUACGUACAUAGGACAGGUAUUAAUUUCCGUCAAUCCCUACAAGGAGCUGCCAAUAUACUCCGAGGAGGAGAUUAGUGAGUACAGGAAGAAGCACUUCUUCGAGGCUCCGCCGCACAUAUUUGCAAUCAGUGACAAUGCCUACAGAUCGCUCACGGGUGAAAACAGAGCGCAAUGCAUAUUAAUUUCAGGUGAAAGUGGAUCUGGCAAAACAGAAGCGUCGAAGAAGGUCCUGCAAUUCAUUGCUGCCGCUUCGGGUCAUGUCUCAACGGUGGACAGUGUGCGGGAUAAGUUGCUGCAGAGCAAUCCUGUGCUGGAAGCCUUUGGCAACGCCAAGACCAACAGGAAUGACAACUCCAGUCGCUUUGGGAAGUACAUGGAUGUGCAGUUCAACUUCAUGGGCGCCCCAGAGGGUGGAAAUAUUCUCAACUACUUGCUGGAGAAGUCACGCGUGAUCCACCAGAGUGCCGGCGAAAGGAACUUCCACAUCUUCUAUCAACUCCUCGCCGGCAGCGAUGAGAAUUUGCUGCGCGAGCUGGAGCUGAAGCGUGACCUGGACACGUACUACUACCUCACGGAUGGCGCCAAGGGUAUCGUGGAUAGGAUCAGAGAUGGCGAGAACUUCAGCCAAAUCCGUCGCGCCAUGGCUGUGAUGGAGAUCUCUGAUGUGGAGCAGCGUGAGAUCCUCAACAUUGUGGCCAGUGUGCUGCAUCUGGGCAAUGUUGGCUUCACCGAGGAGGAGGGCAAGGCCACAAUCCUCAAGCCCAAGUCCGUGGCGGCCGUGUCGAAGCUCCUCGGCUGUCCGGAGGAGAAACUCGCACAUGCGCUGACACACAGGACAAUUGACGCCCAAGGAGACGUUGUCACGAGUCCACUGAGUCGCGAGAUGGCCAUUUAUGCGCGUGACGCGCUGGCCAAGGCGGUGUACGAUCGUCUCUUCACCUGGCUCGUCUUGCGCAUCAAUGAGUCCCUCAAGAGUGGCCAGAGCAGUCGGAAGAAUAAUGUCAUGGGCAUCCUGGACAUCUAUGGCUUUGAAAUCUUCAAGAGGAAUAGCUUUGAGCAGUUCUGCAUCAACUUCUGCAAUGAGAAGCUGCAGCAACUCUUCAUUGAGCUGACACUAAAGUCCGAACAGGAGGAGUACUUCAAGGAGGGCAUCGAAUGGGAACCUGUGGAGUACUUUGACAAUCGCAUCAUCUGCAAUUUGAUCGAGGAGAAGCACAAAGGCAUUAUUGCACUGAUGGAUGAAGAGUGCCUUCGUCCUGGCGAUCCGACGGAUCUCAGCUUCCUGGCCAAGACAAACAAUCAACUGGGUGAUCAUCCGCACUAUCUCUGUCACAACAAAGCCUCCGUGGCUGUGCAGAAGAUCAUGGGCAGAGAUGAGUUCCGUCUCAUUCACUAUGCCGGCGAUGUCACGUACAACGUCACGGGCUUCCUGGACAAGAACAAUGAUCUGCUGUUCAGGGAUCUGAAGGAGGUCAUGGCCGAGACGACAAAUAGUAUCACCAGAAAAUGCUUCCCAGAGUCUGAGUUCAGGAGCAAGAAGCGACCAGACACAGCGGUGACGCAGUUCAAGAACAGCCUCAACAACCUCAUGGACAUUCUCAUGGUGAAGGAGCCAUCGUACAUUCGCUGCAUCAAGCCCAACGACCUGCAGACGUCUGGGCAGUUUGACGAUGAGCUGGUGCGUCAUCAGGUGAAGUAUUUGGGCCUCAUGGAGAAUCUCCGUGUGAGACGAGCCGGCUUCGCCUAUCGACGACGCUAUGAGAUGUUCCUGGAGCGCUACAAAUGUCUCAGUCGUGACACGUGGCCACACUAUCGUGGUGCCGCCAAGGAUGGCGUGCAGAUUCUCGUUAACACGCUCGGCUACAAGCCCGACGAAUUCCGCAUGGGCAAGACGAAGAUAUUUAUCCGCUAUCCAGCCACAUUGUUCGCCACCGAGGACGCCUUCCAGGCACAGAAGCACAAUCUGGCGGCCAUCAUUCAGGCCCGCUGGAAGGGCAGGCAACAGAGGAAGGCGUAUCUGAAGCUGCGCCAGCAGACAAUUGGCAUACAGAAGUACAUCAGGCGCUAUCUGGCCAUCAAGAAGGUCCAGCGACGUCGUGAGGCGGCACAGAAGAUCAGAGCCUUCAUUCAUGGCUUCAUCACGCGCAAUGGACCACCAAAUUCCUUCAAUGAAUCCUUCAUUGCGCACGCCAAGCGUCAAUGGCUGCUGCGCCUGGCCAAAAGCCUCCCGGAGGAGCUUCUGCACCACACCUGGCCAACCUAUCCGACACACUGUGCCGAAGGGUCGCAUCUGCUGCGCAAGAUGCAUCGCCUGCACCUGGCCAGAGUCUACAGGCUGUCGCUGAGCAAGGAGCGAAAGCGCCAGCUGGAGCUGAAGGUUCUCGCCGAGAGUGUGUUCAAGGGGCACAAGAAGAACUACAGGAGCAGCGUGGGGAAUUGGUUUGUGGACGAGCGAAUUGGGAAGGAGCACAUGACGCAGGUGAACAACUUCGUCACGAUGCACUUCGGCUCGGAGACACUGAGAUAUGUCACGGCAGUGGUGAAGUACGACCGUCGCGGCUACAAGCCGCGCGAUAGGAUAUUUCUGCUGAGCGAGAAAGCCCUCUACGUCCUGGACAGCAAGUCGUACAAGCAGAAGCACCGAUUGCCAUUGGAUAAGAUUGAUUUUUGCGUGUCCAAUGAGGCUGAUAACGUCCUGAUUGUCCGCAUUCCGCCGGAGAUGAAGAAGGACAAGGGUGACCUGAUUGUCACUGUGCCAGAGAUCAUUGAGUGUUGCAUUUGGAUCUUGGACGUGACGAAGAGGCGCCAAAUCCUCACCAUUGUGGACACGGGAUCGAUCAUGCACAAUCUGAUAAGGGGCAAAACAGGAACAAUCGAGAUCCAAACGGGUCCUCAACCGAGUAUUACCAAAGCCAAGAGUGGAAAUCUGCUUGUGAUCGCUGGCCAAUAAGACACAAACACAGGAUAUUUGGAUGCAGAGAAGGAGGAGGAGGAGUGAUCAAGUGCCAUCAAAUGGUUGAAAAUUAAAAGAAAAAAAACAAGUGUACUUACAUUAAUCCAAAUUCUGGGAAUGUCUUCCUCUAUAAAUAAACGCUUUAUCCUCA